CGCUUUGGCUUUGGCCUUUGCAGCCUUUUCGCCGGCCCGUCGCUCGCAGUGGGUGUGUGGCCGACGGACGGACGGACGCCCCCACUUCCCCUUCCGCUUCCUCCACUCCCCCCAUUCUUCUUCUUCUUCUUCUCCACCUCCCCCCACUGCUCCGCUCUGCCGCUUCGCCGCUCCCCCGCGCGCGCGCACAAUGCUGCCCUCCUCCAGAUCAAGAUCUGGGCCGAAUGAGUCGCCCGUCAGCAGCCGGACGAGGCCCAGCACGCCGUCCUCCGGCCACCGCCCCUCCACGCCCUCCUCCGGCUACCGCCCCUCCACCCCCGGCGGCACCAGGAGGGGCGCAGCCGCCGCCGCCGCCGCCGGCGGCACGCCGUCCACUCCGCGCUCGCGCAACACGGGCGGGCCAUUCAGGUCCGAGCCCAACUCGCCGCCGGCCGCGGCGGCGGCCCGGCCGCGCCUCUCCUUCGACCGCGCCUCCCCGAGAUCCGCCGACGCCAAGCCCGUCGCCGAGCGCCGGGUGCCCAAGAUCGGCACGCCUCCCCCCGACCAGAAGCAGCUGCGGAGGGAGAUCGAGCUGCAGUCGCGGCUCGAGUCCGCGCACGAGGACCUCAAGAAGGCCAAGGACCAGCUCUCCUUCGUCGUCGGCGAGAAGGACCGCCUCGUCGGCGAGCUCAACGAGGCCAAGCGGGUCGCCGACGAGAUACACGAGAAGCUCCAGGACGCGCUCAUGGCCAAGAGGUGGGCCGAGGAGGCCACCGAGAUCGAGAAGUUCCGCGCCGACGAGCUCGAGCAGGCCGGCAUCGACGAGUCGCAGAAGAGGGACGAGGAGUGGCAGAGGGAGGUCGAGAGCGUGCGAAGCCAGCAUGCCGCGGAUUUGGAGACGCUGGUCACCACCACCGAGGAGCUCGAGAGGUUCAGGCGCGAGCUUUCGAUGGCCAACGAGGCCAAGAAGGCUGCGCUUGGCCACGCAGACGAUGCCAUGAAGAUCGCGGAGGUCAACGCGGACAAGGUGGAGAUCCUCUCCGGCGAAGUCACCCGCUUGAAAGGAUUGCUCGAUUCCAGCGCUGCGGCUGAGGAGAGUAAAAACCGUGAAACCGAGGCGUUUGUUAAGAAUUUGGAAUCCGAGAUUUCAGUUCUCAAAGGCAAACUAGAGGAGGCAAAGGUUCUUGAGGAGAGGUUGGUUGACAUGGAAAAACUGACCGAGGAGCUUAAAGCACAGUUGGCUGAUGCAAAGAAGGCCGAGUCAGAAGUCCAUCAGCAGUUUGAGGAAUGGAAGAACAAGGCUGGAUCGCUUGAAAUGGAAUUGGAGGAGGCUACUCUUUCCGAGAAGGCCAAAAGCGACACCCUUAUCUCCACGGAAGAAGAACUGGACAAGACCCUGUCUAUUUUACAGGACAGAGAAUCUGAGAUGGAAGUGCUGAAAGGAAAGACAACAGCACUGGAAAUUGAGGUGGCAAGGCUUUCAACAGAAAUCAACGAAUCCAGCGACCACCUGGACGCCUCUCAGCAGGAGUUGUUUGGGCUGCAGACAACAAUAGAUGUUCUGAAAAACAAGCUUGAGGCUGCCGAAGAAGUGGCCUCGGAGGCUUUAAACAAUGAGAAGACUGCUAAUGCAAACAUUGUAAUCCUGACCGAGGAGAAAAUCAAGCUCAUUAAUGAGUUGAAUGAUACCAGGGACAGAGAGGAGAAAGAGAGAAGGGCAGUGGAGGAUCUCACUGCUGCGUUGAGUGAGGCAUCUGGCAAAGCAGAGGAAGCACACGAAAGAUUUCUGAAGAAAGAAGAUGAUUACGAGCAUGCCCUCGCACAGAUUGGCGAUCUCAAGAUGUCCCUAAAUAGUACCAAAGAGAACUAUGAGGUAAUGAUUGAGGAGGCACACUAUGACAUCACUUGUUUAAGGAAUACCGUCGGAAAAUUGGAGGCUGAGGUGAGCAAGUAUAGAGAGGAAUGCGAAGCCAAGGAGCUUGAGAUUGUCAGUUUAAACAAGCAGUCAGAGGAAGAAAUUGCCGCUCUUAAAGCAGAAGCCGACAGGGUAGGAGCAUCAUUGCGAGAUGCAGAGCACGAACUCCAAACUGUCAGUGAGGAGAAAGAGAUACUUCAAGAGAAGCUGUUGCACACGGAAUCAGCGGUUGUUGAAGCUAACAGGGCUGUGCAGGAUGUAAAGGCUGAGAAAGAGGGUCUCCAGGAUCAGCUAAUGCACACGGAAUCUGCAGUCGCUGAAGCUAACAAGGCUAUUGAGGAGGUAAAGGCUGAGAAGGAGGAUCUUCAAGAGCAGCUAAUGCACAAGGAAUCAGCUGUUGCUGAAGCUAACAAGGCCUUGCAGGAGGCAAAGGCCGAGAAGGAGGAUCUUCAAGAGCAGCUAAUGACCACGGAAUCAGCAGUUGCUGAAGCUAACAAGGCUGUGCAGGAGGUCAAGGCUGAGAAAGAGGGCCUUCAAGAGCAGCUAACGCACAUCGAAUCAGCGUUUGCUGAAGCUAACAAGGCAGCGCAGGAGGCAGCGUCUGAGAGUUUGCAAUUGAAGGAUAGGUUACUUGAUCAAGAGAACGCAUUGCAGAGCUUAACCCAGGAGAAUGACGAAUUCAGGCUGCGAGAGGCCGACGCCAUGAAGAAGAUAGAGGAACUGUCUGCUUUGCUUGCUGAAGCCAUGGAAAAGAAGCAUCCUGAGGAGGAAGAGAAGUUAGUGGUUGUGGAUGAGGUGCACAGUGCAACACGUGAAGUUGCCGAUGCAGCUGCGGAAACUGAAGACACGGAAGGAGAGAGUGACAAAAAACCGAGCAUGGAACUCGUCGUCGCCAACGGAAACUCCAAUGGCGACCUGAAUCAAGAGGAAGAGAAAUACGACAGCAAGGUCGAGCAGCAGGAGGCGAAAAGUGAUUUCACCACGGUACACGAGAGCGACAAGGUUGUUGAGAAGCAGCUGCAGGCAGAUGCGAAACAGGAAACUGAGUCUUCGAAAGACGACCUGUCCUCCAAGGAGGACAGCAGCACGGAACACGCAAACGCGAACGGUACAGCAGCAUCAGCAGAGGUGACCAGCAAGGUGGCCAUGUCCCCGACGACAACGAAACCGCAGAAGAAGAACAAGCCCCUGCUGAAGAAGUUUGGUAACCUACUGAAAAAGAAGAACAGCAAGUAGUAGCAGGUGAACAGAAGAAAAAACACAUGUACUAUUAUUGGUGUUUAUUACUACUCUGAUCUUUCUUUUCUUCUUCUUGUUUGAUGACAGCAAGGUAGUGUGUGCUUAAUUUCCACGUGUAAUUUUUUUACUGUCGACGCCUGUACUUUUGUGGUGAUUGCAGUAGCUUUGUGGGUGUUUCAUUUUUCUCUUUUCUUUUUUUUCUAUAAGUUGGACCUCCUGUUCUUUGCCCUAUGGCUGUGGCUAUUAUUAUCUACACGAUCUGUGGCCGUUUGCUUGUAA